CCUCGGAGUCGAGCAGGUGCCGGGAUUGCUCGAUGCAUGUGCAGGAUCCAUAACCUAGCCUAACCUAGAACUACAAAGGAGACAGCAAACUCCUACUAGAAAUACACUCAACCGAAAAGAAGAGCAAUAAGAUGGCAGAAUUUUUUAACGGUGAAAAGACACCUGAGCUGGUGAUGCCAGGGUACGUGAGAGACGUGCUUGUCUCUGCCCGGUCAGGGUAUCCAAGGGCACUGAUGUUGCCUUUCCUGCUGAUUCAGAUGAGGAGGUUCGCUGCUGAAAAUGGAAACGCUCAAAGCAAGACUCUCCCGACGCGUGGUCUACCUGGAUGUUAAGGCUUUUUCGGUGGAGUAGAUUCAGCUUCAAGCACAGGUUGUUCGUCGCCGGAAUGUUUCGAAGACAAAACAACAACACGGCUCCCCACUUGCCUGCAAUUGAGUCCCCCGCACUCUAGACAACACCUCGAGAACAGGUAAAUGAAUGAAUGAAUCAGGGAUGUUUGUGUUUCUUCAUCUUUAGGUUAAUCAUGUCUCAUACGACCUCUAAGAGUAGCUUGCACGUUUUGCGCUAUCCCUAGUGUGCUAUGCGUAUCCAGGAGGGAUUGUGGUGGAAAGCCUACUCUUCGCUCGAACGCCAGCUGUUCUGCAGAACCCAGACGUAGUAGCGAUUUGGGCCGUCUUCUUCGUCUUGAGCCAGUUCGCGGAUUCCUUUUUCCUCUUCCGCUUGCUUUGGAGUAUCCUGAAUCUUACGCCAAUAGUGGCACUAGCGAAAGUGAUAUUUAUUGCAGACUUGACGAGGCUUGGCAUCUUAUUUCUGGAAAAAGCGGAACAAUACGCGGUUGACAAACUAAGCGCAGAUGUUAGUAAAUGGGAGAAGCAAGCCACCUUAGUUUAUGGUCAACAUUUUUUUGUGUUCAUCUCGCUCUCAGUCUCAGCAUCUCUCUCGUACUCUUUUCUUUGUUCUCUACUUUCUCAGCAUUAUCUUUUUGGUAAUAUCCUUUUCUUGAAGAAUACAAAUACAAGGGUAAACGUACUAAAGUGUCACACUAGACUGGGAAGGUGACAGACUGGGCUGGAUUCGACUUCGAGAAGACUCUAAUUAGUCUUCUGGGCAGGGGUAACAUUUUGCGUAGCGCCAGGAGUAUUGAAGGGUAUAUUUUUCGGAAAGGCAACUCCUUGGCGUGCGGUGGCAGACGAACAAGAUAGCGCUAGCGGAGAUAGCGGCUUUUCGAUAAAAAAGACGUUUGAUUAUGGAAUGGAGUAGGAUUAGACUUUUCUUGACAGGUCUUGCGCUGUCGUCACGUCUCUACGGUUAUUUAUCACGAACGAUGAGGAUGACAACAAUCAGGGACUUGUACACCAUAUUUAAUAUACUAUAAAGAAAAAUCAUGAUCAUCUCUAGACAACAGCAUGCAUCUAAUUGCCAACGUUUCACGCAUUUGUGGCGGCAAAUUGGGUUCCGCUGUUGCAGAGUGGUGGCAUGCUUCUGUACUGCGCGCACAUUCUUCGCUAUCGAUGUCGACAAUUAUCGUCUGCGAUUGAGGCUGCAGCUGACGAACUGCCUCGUCCGCGUUCCUUCGCGCGCUGUCUUGAGGCUGGUCCUGAUCCCUACGUUGAGGUCAUCGUCAUGUUGACACUCGUGACUACGGUGUGCGAUAUCGUAACCGUCAUACUAACCGGAGUGGAGCAACGGCGAAAGGCAGAGUUGGCGGCGAUUAAUAGUCCAGUGACGAUUCCAAGUACUUCUGGUACAGCUGGUGGAAAUAGAAUAGAAGGGAAAAAACGGCAAUAGCAUAGUAGAAGUGUUGUCAGCUGGUAGUAGGACUAUGGACAGCUGGGCAUCAAGUUCAUGUUUUUUUAGCUACUCGUGGAGAUUAUAAGGGAGGCGUGGAGAAGAUUGGUGGAUACACCCCCGGGAUGUGUAUCGAGGAUGUUCAUGUUUAUCUUAUAAGGGAGUCACUUCGUGGUCUUAUACGUGGGCCAGCACCAUCAUGAAUAUCUCACAUCAUAAGAAGUGCAUCCGGUCAGUGCCUUGACCUUGACUGAGUCAACCUGGAGCGUGGUUGAUUCUUUCUGGAUGGAUCUGAAC